CAGGUGUGCCACGUAAUGGAACCCAACCAGAACAACUGGCUCCAUACAAACUGGAUACCCCGUCAGGCUGCACAGAAGAUCUAUGUGGAGCUUCGCUUCACCCUGCGGGACUGCAACAGCAUUCCCUGGGUCUCUGGCACUUGUAAGGAGACUUUUAACCUCCUCUACUUUGAGACAGAUGAGCCGCAUGGUGCCAAUGCUCAUUUUCAUCCCAACGACUACGCCAAAAUCGAUACUAUUGCUGCCGAUGAGAGUUUCACACAGACAGACCUGGGCGACCGUGUUCUGAGGCUGAAUACCGAAGUGCGGGAAGUGGGUCCAGUAGCUCGUAAGGGUUUCUACUUGGCCUUCCAGGACGUGGGUGCAUGUAUCGCCCUGCUGUCUGUGAGAGUUUAUUACAAAAAGUGCCCUUCUACCCUGAGAAACCUUGCCGCAUUCCCUGACACUGUACCGCGGGUGGAUUCGUCUUCAUUGGUGGAGGUCAGGGGAGCGUGUGUUGAGAACGCUGAGGAACGGGACACACCUAGGCUGUACUGUGGAGCUGAUGGGGAUUGGCUGGUGCCACUGGGCCGUUGUGUCUGCAGCAUAGGCUAUGAGGAGAUUGACAGUCUCUGUAUUG